AUGAUACUGUUCAAUCUCGCUCUUGACAAACGAUUGGAGCAGAAAGGAGUCACGGCAUUAAUAUGCCAUCCUGGUGUGGCCCUGGAGAGCAAGUUAUUGGUCAAUUCAAGUGUAGAUAAUGAAUCGUUUGUAGAUGCGUAUGUUUUGGCGAUUAAAUGCAAUGAUGCGGGAGUAGUGCUUUUCACGGCAUUGAAUCCAUCUCUUACAGAGGCUGCACCAGCAUUCAUCGUUGAAAACGCAAUUCACACGGAGACCAAGGAUUAUGCUCUCAAUAAGGAGACAGCCAAGGGAUUAUGGAAGCUCAGUGAGAAGCUUGUGGGAGAGAUGUUUGUUUACUGA